UCUCUCUUUCAUCUCUCCACCCAGGGGAUGUACAGUUGUUGCCAGUUUGAGGAUGAGACAGCACCUGGAGGUGGCUCUUUGCCUCAAUACCACACCAUGACCACCAUGUCUACUGCUGCCCAACAACACCUUGUAACAGCCACAAUAAAUAACACGACUGCCAUUGCCAUGGUGCAGCAGCAACAGCAACAGAAGCACCACCAGCAACAGGGGCCGACCUAUACGACCAUGCUCCCCGGAUCACCGCAAACUACAGGACAUUCAGCAAUGGCUAUGGGACCCUCAAACAGUCCCUUGCUGGAAGGCCCCAUGCCCUGCUCCACCUUCUUGCCUCGCCAUGACCGCAGACUAGCGGUGGUUGAUCGUUGGAACAGGCCAAAGCCAGAGAAAGUCAUGAGUGUUAGCAGUGGUGGAGGAGUUGGUAUUGGGGGAAUAGCAGGAGGGAUCACUGAACUUCAGGUGCCGCACUAUCAGGCGAACCUUGGACAGCACUGGAACCCGUUAGGCGGAGUUGCAAGUGGAGCUGGGGGAGGAGGUGACACAGGGCUAGAUGAAUAUAAGCGCUACUAUGGUCCGAUAGAUCCAGAGGGGCUAGGGGCUAACUCUGACAAACAGGCAGGGGGACCCCAGCAGACUCCUAAAGCUAAUCCUCGAGGCCCCAAAGCCUCAGGGAUGCCAAGGAUGCCUUCUAAAGUCCCCCAACAGGGACCAGGGCACUUAAUCCCCCAGCCACCUCCACUGAUCCCAUCCUCCCCCCGAAGACCUCCUUUCUGGCGACGAGGAAGCCUAGCACAGGCAAGGAGAAAAAGCUUUGGAGGUCCCCUGUAUGAGAAUAUACUCCCUCUAGGGAGACGAGGAGGUGGGAGGUAUGGUGCAAGUGAUGGAGGUGGAAGGAGAGGGCGACGUCCUCCUGCACCUCCUCCUCUGCCUGUUCCUCUCUCCUCCCCAACACAUACUCCUACUACUCCCUCCUCCCCAUGCCGUUUCUACUCAUCCGGCUCCAGUGCCUCGUCAUCCUCCUCUUCCGCUACAUCAUCCUCAUCCUCUUCUUCAUCAUCUGUCUCACUGUCUCGGUCGAAUUCCCCCUCGUCCUGCUCCAGUGACAGCUCCUACAACUCGUCAUUGAGUUUUCGGUAUCGUGCUGGCGACAGGGAACUUACGGUGGAUGACGAUUGUGACUCAGAUCUGCUUACAGAGGAGUCCAGCCUCCUUCUCGGUACACGGAGGAAGAUUCGCUCUCGUCGCAUGUCAUCACGCUCGCUGCCGUGCAGCCCUCCACCUCCGCCAGUCCCGCCCCGCAAACCACGCACUCAGAGAGAUAGCGGCAGAGAGAGCAGAGAGAGAACCGGCAGCCAACUGGCCCAAUUACAGGAGUGGUGGGCAUCAUGGGGAGAUAGAGAGCGUGUGAGGUUAGGAACAACAAGCCGGGGAGAAGGAGGAAUGGGCAAAGAGGAAAAGAGACACCACAAAGAGAGGGAGCGUGAGAGAAAGAGGAGGAAGAAAGGCAGGAAAAAGAAGAAGAGGGAGGACAGGGAGAGAGAACGGGAGCGCAAGCGGCGCAAAGCUAAGAAAAGGAAAAAAGAGGACAAGACAAGGAAGAGAGAGCGGAAGAGGUCAGAGCAGGAGGGGGGAGAUCCUGAAAAAAGGGAAGAACUCAAAUCAGGGACACCAGAUUACCCAUCAUACCCACCCUUGAGGCGAGAAUCCUUUCGGAAAAAAAGUGAAAGCUCAAUAAGAAGCUAUGGAUGGAACAUCCCAGGUGAAGAGGAGAGGAAGGAAAGAGAAGAAAAAGAGAGGAAUGAUGGGGAAGACAGCAGAGGGAAAGAAAGACCAAACAGGAGAAGGAACAGCAAGCACUAUCAAAGUUCGAGCAGUAAACCUUCGACAUCUGUCAAAUUCUGGGGAGGGGUCAACCCAUCCUCUGACACCAUUCCAUCUGCCUUUCUGCCCUUGUUGCCUGUCUGCUCUAACAGGAGGAAGAGUAAAAGUUCAGACAGGGAUGUUGUAGGAAUCGAAGGAGAGAGGAGGCCAUUGCUGGGACAGGGCGGAAGAGCUGAGAUGGUUUCCAAGGAGGGGUUAUCUUUCCACAAGUGGGAGUCUGGAGUAGAGGGGGAAGAAGAAGAUUCUGAGCUGGAGAGGAGGAAAGCCGAACGUGGAAAGAGGCGACACGGAGGAGGAAGGACAAUGUCCGAUGAAGAGCGAGAACGUGAUAAGGUAGUCGGGAUAUAUUCCGAUGAUGAUGGUUCUUCAGGAGAGUUUGGGAAGUUUGAGAGGUACUGGGAGGAUCAUGAAGGCAGAGCGGUAGGAGGUAUUGGUGGGGGAGGUUGGUUUUUUAGCACCUACCCUUCCAGGGAAAAAGCCAGCAGCAUCACAAGUAGAGAUGACCUGUUCUUGGAGAGAGGAGAGAGGUGGGGGACGGCAGAAAGUGGAUGGGGGUCUGGUGGAGGUGGCGGUGGUGGAGGAGAAGGAGUAGAUAGAGGGUGGGGGUCUGGAUCACACUGGCCCCCGCCUCCUCUCACCCCACCACUCCCCCGACGAUACUGGUCGGUCGACAAACUCCACCUUCAGAAUGAGAAGAAGAGUAAACGCAAGUCCAAGGACAAGGGGAGAGGGCGCGCAGGUUGUUCCUCCUGUCAUUCCCCCCAACACCAUCCGCACCCCCAAUCCUCCAAAUGGGCCCGGGUAACCUCACGUAGUGAGGAAGAGCUGUACCGCCAGAGAUUUGGUGGCCCACUGAAGCCUAAACAUGACUCCUCAGCUUCCACCAAACUUGAUCGCUCACAGAAUCCAUCCAAAUCUGGCAGCCAGUCAAACCUCAAUAUCCAACAGAGGACACAAAGAGCAGAUAGGGAUCGAGAUCGAGGACGACAAUCAUCCCCACCUCCGAACCUCAUACCGAACUUGCCACCCCCACUUCCUGCCCUUCCAGCUCCUCCGUCUUCUUCUCACCCUAUCCAUGCUCCUCUCCCUACCUCUUCCUCUUCUGUAUCCUCUCCCUCUGUGGUCUCAUCAACCCCAGGGGCCCCCCAACCCUCUUCCAUGGCUUCGGCAAGUGCCAAACUACAGUAUCAGAGGUUGCGCUCUGUUCCCCAGCCCCAGAGGUUUCCUCAGUCUCCUCACUUACCCCUCAAAGCCAAGAGCCUUUGCUCGCGAAGGGGCUCAGCCCAGUUCUCCAGCGUGGAGAGCGAGGUGUGAAUAUCAAAAGUCAUAAGAGCCCUGAAAGGGCUAAGGCUAAGCAGGUGAUCUGAAUCUGCCCUACAGCAAACAUGGCUGCACGGCCAAGUCAGAACAGUAUACGCACUGUGCCCUUUCCUAAAGCUCUGCACAAACAAACCAGAAAGCCAAACAAAUCCUAUGCGGUAGUCAAAGGAAAACAGGAGAAAUCUUGUACUUACUCUUGUUUCCUUUCAUUCCUCUCAGUAUGUGAAAGACUGCAACCACAGCAACAACUUGCAUCCUGAACUGGAUAAUCAACCAAUUACACUAAAAAGCAAAUCUGACUUUAAAAGUGGUACAACUGAAAGAGACUCCUUUGCUAUAUACAGUGAAGGUCUUUGGAUGUUGAAGCAGCGUAGUUUGUAUUCUGAGGAUUCUCAAUGCUUACUGAGGGCUCAGGAACUUUGUAGUACUGUAUGCCUGCUGCUCUCGGAAGCCUUUAACACAGAACCGUCUUCUUACAUUUUUCCCUGAAACAAGUCGCUUUCAACUGCUUUUCUUUUUCCUUAAGAAACUGUUUACACCCCCGCAGAACUGUGACACCCUCUGAGGCACCAUUGUUGUGUUUGAUCAAUAACUUGUAGUUUUGAGGGAGAGGAGGGUGAUAACCACCUUGUCUUCUCUGUGUUAUUCACCCUUUCCUGUCUCUUUGGUUCUACCAUUUCUUGUUCCCCUUUAUUCUCCUUUCCCCCCCUUAUUUUCACUUGCUUUCUCUUUUCUCUGCUCUACGUCCCUUUCCUUACUACCUUUUUCAAAGCUGUCUUUUCGUCUCUCUUGCCAUGUCCUCUCCUGUCCUCCCCUCUUGGCUCCUCUCGUUGAUGUGAUGAUUAUGUGUGUCUGUGCUUUUUCUGUGUUUGUAUUCUUGACAACAGGGUAAGUCAACUGUGACUGAUAUUCUACUGGCUUAAUGAAAGCUGAGUGCCAAACUUAAGUAGAACUCGACAUCAAUCUGUACAAUGUUAGCUGUUUCCUUUUUAUCUCGCAGUUUUUCAUCAUCUCCUAAAUCCGCGAACAUGCAAAUACACACUCGCACACUUAAAGUGCACACAAACACUAGCAUACAUGAACAUGCAAGGAAAAGUGCAAGUCAAUUCAUAUUUUCUCUUUCUAGAGCAAUACAUAAUUCACCUUCUGUUCAUGUUACAAUGUUAUACUUUGAAACGUUUUCUUCUGUGUUGUAGUUGUUGUUGUUGUUGUUAUUGAUUGUUUUCUAUAUAUCAAGACAUGUAUUAAGUAUCAUACAAUGUAAGCACUGUGCCAUUCUUCUCAAGCUGCACAUGAAACAUUAUCUCAACUACCUAACUAUGACAAUGGAGGCAGUGUCUUUUCCCCUCCCUGUAUUUGACUGAAUGCAAAGUCAGCCACUAUCAAGUGUGCUGCGACAACAAUUGAAACACUUGGAGAUGGAAAUGUAAGCAUUUCUGAUGGUUAGCGUGGCUGACAAAUUGAAAAGAUAGAAAAAGAGUUGACUUUAGUUCAUUGUCGACUUAGCCUGACGUAAGCAACGGUAUGCUAACCUUAGCAUGCUAAGUGCUCUGCUUAUGAAGGAUUACAUCUGCAAUGGGUUACAGUUUGAAUUAUUUUUUUGCUUUUUUUCUCCUGCAAGUAACCCAAUUAGUGCCAAGAGUAGAAUAUACAGAAAUCAUUUGCCAAUGAAAAUUAAUCUACCAAGAUUUGAGUAGGAAUGUGUCUAACAUGCUAGGUGUAGCUACACAGCUUUGUUGGACAAGGUGAAAGAUUGUUGCAGGGAAAUAAAUACUUAUAGCCUUAUGCUUGUUGCUCCUGUCAUAUGUUUUGUAUAAAGUAUGAACGUUUGUGCUUUGAUCAACAUGUAUGUGGUUAGCUUCAUGCUACGAAGACAGUGUGAUUGGAAAAGGGAGCGUUUUGAUUGGUGCCAUAUCAGAUGUAGUGCAAAUGCCGUUUUGAUGUCAAAGAGACCGUGCCUAUGUUGAAUGGUAGCUAUAGCAGUUGGUUUUGAAGAGGUUUGGCUGAUGGUGUAUGAAAGACACAGUAUCACCUCCUGUGCAUUUUUCUGAAUCAUUUAUCUUAGCCGGUAAAUGUGUCACUAAGAGCUAUAGCUUUUUAAUCCAUGACGAACUGACACCAGCAGUUACACUCAGAUGUAAAGAUCUUAGCUAUAGUAGCUAUUAAUAUCCAUUAACAUUCAAAUUGCAUCAGGACACUGGACAUCAGUGGAGUUUUUUAAUGGAGAGGCCUGAACUUCUGGCACAACACUGUGUGUGUUUUUCAGUCGGUUAGAGUCCAUCUAUCCAUUACCAGUUUGGUCAGCUCUUGUUUGCCUGGAACUGCAUCUGAGCCAUAAUUUACUUCAGCUGAAUAAACAGAAUGAGAACUUAAGUUUUAAACAUAAACUUGUUUGUUUUUGUUUGCCUUUAAAAAAAAAUAAAAAAACUCUACAUAUAUUUAUCAUAUAUAUAUAUGUGUAUUUGUGGCGGUGGUUAGUGUUAGAGAAUUGUUGUUUAACAUCUUGAUAUUUUGGGAUAUGUUUUGUCAUUUCCAUUGAAAUAAUAAUAUAAAUAUCAUGCGUUAAAAACACACAUGCUCUCAUAUUUACUAACAACAGUUAAAUUAUUAUCAAUUUAGUUUCUUUGACAAAGUUUGACUGUAUUAAGCCAAGUUGGAGGCAGUUCAGUGCUUUGCUUUCCAAACAGCAAAUAACAAGCUUAUACAACUUUCCAUGAAAGCAAGAAGGGUUUAGUAGCGUGAGUAAGUGUGACAUGUUUCAGUGCAUUCACACCGCAAGCAACUCAAGUCUGUUGUCUCAAGUACAAACAAUCUCUGCGACCUAAAAUCAAGUUAAAAUCUUUCAAGAAGAUUUGUGUUGCAUUUCCUUUUGCUGAAACACUACAGCAACAGUGAACAAGCAUGUUUGGCACGUCCAACCUACGAAGCUAAUGAUGCAGGUAUGGUUAGUCGAAGUCCAUUGUCCCAGGCAUAAAAUGUACACAUACCACCAUGUUAUUGUACUUAUGUGCAGAGCAUAAGCUGCUAGCGGUGUGAACACAACGCUUGGUUGUUUCCUCAGAGAAACAAGCCACCUUUAUGUCCUUCUCUCCCCUUGCCUCUUUUUUUCUCAUGUCUUUCCACUGUGUUGUUGCGUGUCUGCAAUUGUAAAGCUGGUCAGUUUAAAAAAAAAAAAAGAGUAUAGCCUAUGUGGAUAUAUUUAUUUCAUUAAAAAAAAGAGCAUAUCUAAAUAUAUAUGAUAGUAUAUUUCAAAGCACUAAGAGCUAUGUUAUUUAAGUUUGUCUACUAAAUUUUCGGUAUUAUCUCAAUCAAUAUGUCUUUUUUGUCUGUUUGUCUGUCUCUCCUUGUCUCAAACCUCCUUCUCAGCUCCCUACCCCCCAGUGAAAACAGAGACCAGUAUGUAACUGUGUUUUUGCUCUCUUAAGACCAACCAUUCACCUCCAUUGGCUAUCUACUGUAGCUGACGCUGAGAUUUCAACAAAGUGACAGAGUGGAGGACUACACGAGUGUCUUAUGACCGUGUCACUGUAGCAGUGGUGGCGUGUCUUUGUCUACCUAGAGGGGCCUUUAUUUUGGUGGGGGCUACGGAUUAACAACUAAUUAAACCUUUUAUGGAUACAGCAGCUUUUACCACAACUCUCACAUAUGUAAGAGUCACUUUCUCAACCCUGUUUUGGGUUUACAUUGGACCCUAGAGUUUUUACCGCAGAGUAGAGUAAGGUGACCUCUUUGAAACACAAUGUAGCGAGCAGCACAGGCUUUUUAUUUGCAUCUCUUAGUAGCUGUAAUACUAUACAAAAACUUGCACAGCUACCCCUGCCGACCAACUUAUACAGUAUACAUAAGGACUUUGAUAUACGUAAAUAGUGUGUUGUAUCUGCCAAGCUGCUGUGCUGUAAACAAAAGAGAAAAAAAAGAUUAUAUAAAAUUAUACACAACAGACACACUGUUUCUUUCUUAAUUUUACAAAACUGGUUAAAAGUUAAUAUGGGUAGGGCUAAAUCUGCUUGCUAGUAUGGUUUCCACUAAGGCCAAAAAUUGCCUAACCAGGGCUUUCUUUUUAUUAUCACAUCUUCAAACCUUUCGCCACUUUUAUUCCUGAAUAAACAACAAUGAUCCUGCACACAUCAUUGAGUGGAACAUGGAAACACUGCCUGAGAUAAGAGAUCCAUCCUCCUGUCCAACCAUUGCUUGCUUAUGAUACAUUGAUAAGUCAGUAUGGUCAAAGAUGAAUAAUUCUUCAACCCUGAGCCCUGGUAAGACCAGUUUUAGCCUGCAGUGGAAACACAUCCACAGUUUCUGCCUGUUACACCUCUGAACAAUGUCUCAAGGCCUUGUAUUAAUACUGCUGUAUUGACUGUACGGGAUGAUGGCUAGUGGUGCAACACUGUAUUGUCAUAACCUCUCACAGGCACAUUAAACACACAAACAUGCAUACACUGUCAGAUUUACAUGGGCACACGCACACACACAUACACACAGGUUAGGGUGGUAGUGCUGCUACCCCUCCGAUUCAGCCUUCUGCCACCUGUCGGGACAAUUUUGACAAUAUUGUGCUGCACUGCAAGCAGGAAAGAAAUAA